CUGUUAAACAGAAGCUUGUGAUCUCUUACGAUAUGUGAGAGCAGGAAUAUUUUGAGUUUCCUGAGGGUGACGAAGCAGUACCUCCCUCACGUGGCCCGCCUCUGCCUGAUCAGCACCUUCCUGGAGGAUGGCAUCCGCAUGUGGUUCCAGUGGAGUGAACAGAGGGAUUACAUUGAUGGCACGUGGAACUGUGGCUAUUUCCUGGCCUCCAUCUUUGUGUUCAUAAAUCUCUUCGGACAGCUCAGUGGCUGUAUCCUGGUGCUGAGUAGGAACUUUGUGCAAUAUGCCUGCUUUGGACUGUUUGGAAUUAUAGCAUUACAGACUAUUGCAUACAGCAUUCUAUGGGACCUUAAGUUCUUGAUGAGGAACCUUGCCCUUGGGGGAGGCUUACUGCUGCUUUUGGCUGAGUCACGCUCAGAGGGGAAGAGCAUGUUUGCUGGUGUCCCUACCAUGCGGGAAAGCUCUCCUAAGCAGUACAUGCAGCUGGGGGGCCGUGUGCUGCUGGUCCUCAUGUUCAUGACACUGCUACAUUUUGAUAUGAACUUCUUUUCUAUUCUGCAGAACAUUGUGGGCACAGCCCUGAUUAUCUUGGUGGCAAUUGGCUUCAAGACUAAGCUGGCUGCCUUGACUCUAGUCAUCUGGCUGUUUGGCAUCAACAUCUACUUCAAUGCCUUCUGGACCGUCCCAGCCUACAAGCCCAUGCACGACUUCCUCAAAUACGAUUUCUUCCAGACCAUGUCUGUAAUUGGAGGGCUCCUCCUCGUGGUUGCACUGGGCCCUGGUGGAGUCUCCAUGGAUGAGAAGAAAAAAGAGUGGUAACAGGAAUAGCAACACUUCUUGGGACAUAACAUACUAAGUCCAGAACUGAUUCUCUAUGGAUUCAACAAAAACUGCCAGCAUUUUACACGUACAUGCCCCCUUCCUAUUAAAGGCACAGAUGUUUUGAAUUUGAUUUACGGUGGCACCAGUAAUAUAAUAGAUAAAAUUCUAUUUCUUCAAGGAAUGUUGCCUAGGCUUAUUCUAACUUCCUAGAUUUGGAACUAACCCAAGGAACCUGCAUUUUGCUGAUGCUUCAGUGAGUUGCAGUAGAACAGUUGCUGUCUUUAAUGUCGGCAAUGUUUUAAAAUUCAAAGUACUGUGAGCAGAUACAGCUGUAUCAUUGAGUGUGCUGUUGGGUUCUUGCUAUAACUAAAAAAGUGGAUCCCCUUUCUCACCCUUGUCAAAACUGUCUUGUGCAUAAGGAGUUCCAUUGCUGGUUAUAGCAUUGCUUAUCAAGGUGGAAAGCAGCAUCAAAAAAAAUCACUUGUUAUUUAGCUGCUUAGUGACCUGUAAUUUCCUUUUGUUUAACAAUAGGGGCGGUCUUUUCUGCCCCCAAAUAAAAAGAAAAUUCUGAAUGUCAUUUUACCCCUCUCUAGCUAGGAAAAGGGAGAGGUUUUUCUAACGUGUCCCAGAUCUGCUCUUGAGGGGAACAAGGAAGAAUCCUGUAUUGCUAAUCAGGAACUGUGUAUGGCUAAUCAGAUUUCAAGAAGGAAGUAAGGGGAAGAUACUCCUGAAGAGACAGAUUCUGUU